CUCCGAACCGCGUCAAUUUAGGAUUUAAGACCAGUAAUCCAACAUUAUUUUAAUAAUUUUCUAUGAUUAGUUAUUCAAUUAAACUAAAAAGAAACGAUCUUCCGCUAGUUGAGACCACAUCUUAAGAAAGUUCUCUCUUUUCCGUAUCUUACCAAAUCCCGCGGUUUUAGACCCCCCUAGUCUCUCCUGUCCGUCUUCUAUCGAACUCUCAGCACUCGGAGAUUGUCUCAGUUACUUCCGGUUGGAUCUUCUUCCACUCUGCUCAAUUUUAGCUGAAUUAGAUUGCUGAUUUCUUGCUAGAAAUCGUAGGUUCCCCCUACAUUCGUUGUCCACGAUCCGAUCUGCUCGAUCUGAGGUGUUUUCUCACGGAUCGAAACCCUGGUUCCCGAAAGAUCCGUUCUUUUCCGGUUCUGUAAACCCACACCCCCCCCUCAGUCCUCUUCUGCGUAUUUCUCAGUAGAAGCCCUCAUCUUUAGCUCACAAAUUUUAGUUUUUUUUUUCCCCCAAAGAUUUUGUUUUUCCUCAUGAAAAGGUAUCAAGCUUUACCUCCCAUCCGUCUCUGUGCUUCCUUCUUCUUCUUCUUGCUGGCCGUCGGCAAAAUCUCGGCGGCCGACAGCACCAACAGCACCUACGUCCCACGGGACAACAUUCUACUCAACUGCGGUGCCUCCGGGCAGGACAAGGACACCGAUGGCCGCAUCUGGACCGGCGACGCCGGCUCCAAGUACGCCCCCUCCAUUAAUGGCGUUGGCCUCACUGCCCCCUCGCAGGACUCGUCGGUCCCGCAAGUCCCGUACUUGACCGCCCGGUUCUUCACCUCCCCCUACACCUACACCUUCCCCCUCGGUGCUGGCCGGAAAUUUAUUCGCCUUUACUUCUAUCCUUCCAACUACUCCGACCGCGCCGCCUCCGAUGCCUUCUUUUCCGUCACCGCUGGUUCCCAUACCCUCCUCCAAAACUUCAGCGCCUACCUCACCGCCGAUGCCCUCAACUUCGCCUACCUUAUCCGCGAAUUCUCCGUCAAUGUCUCCUCCAGUGGCCUCAAUCUCACCUUCACCCCUUCUGCUGACCACCCCAAUUCUUAUGCCUUUGUGAACGGUAUCGAGAUCGUCUCGAUCCCUGACAUCUUUACCACCACCAGUGCAGUGCUUGUCGGGACCUCCACAGACUUCCCCAUCGACCAGGACUCGGCCAUCGAGACCGUCUACAGGCUGAAUGUGGGUGGGCAAGCUCUUUCUCCCACCCAAGAUUCUGGCUUGUUUCGUUCAUGGGAUGAUGACUCCCCAUACAUCUAUGGGGCUGCCUUUGGGGUCUCAUACUCCAAUGACCCAAAUGUUACAAUCAAGUACUCGACCACCUUGCCGGAAUAUAUCGCGCCGGUGGAUGUGUACUCGACAGCACGAUCGAUGGGGCCUGAUGCGCGUGUCAAUAUGAAUUAUAAUCUCACAUGGAUCCUUCCGGUGGAUGCUGGGUUCUACUACCUUGUGAGGCUGCAUUUCUGCGAGAUCCAGUAUCCAAUGACCAAGGUGAACCAGAGGGUCUUUGAUAUCUAUCUCAACAACCUGACUGCCUUUGGUGGUGCUGAUGUGAUUGGUUGGAGCCAAGGAAUUGGCAUCCCAGUGUACAAGGACUUUGUGGUGAUGACUUUAGGUAUUGGCUUGAUGGAUCUGUGGGUUGCACUCCAUCCUAAAGGUUCAAACAAGCCAGAGUUUGAUGAUGCUAUCUUGAAUGGGAUGGAGGUCUUUAAGCUGCAGAACAGUAAUGGAAGUCUUGCUGGACCCAAUCCAGAGCCACGUCCCAAGCCAGAUGUGAAUCCUGAUGAGGUUUUCAAUCACCAUAGUCACAAGUCGAAGAGUAAGGCUCCGGUGAUUGCUGGUGGGGUGAUUGGUGGUGUUGUUGGCCUGUUGGCUGCCUACUUUUGCCUGUUUGGGUAUUGCAGGCAAAAGAAGAAGGGAGGGAAGGAUGCAGGCACCAGCGACGGGCCAUCAGGUUGGCGGCCGCUCUCCCUCUAUGGCAACUCGCACUCGGCAGUGUCAGCCAAGACGAACACAACUGGGAGCUACGCCCCGUCACUCCCGUCCAACCUUUGCCGCCACUUCUCAUUUGCAGAGAUUGAAGCUGCCACCAAUGGCUUUGAUGAGGCCCUCCUUCUUGGUGUUGGUGGGUUCGGAAAGGUCUACCGUGGGGAAAUAGAUGGCGGCUCCACUAAAGUUGCCAUCAAACGUGGGAAUCCAAUGUCCGAGCAAGGUGUCCAUGAAUUUCAGACGGAGAUCGAGAUGCUGUCCAAGCUCCGUCAUCGCCAUCUUGUCUCUCUGAUUGGGUACUGUGAGGAGAACUGUGAGAUGAUUCUGGUUUAUGACUACAUGGCCUAUGGAACACUCCGUGAGCACCUUUACAAGACUCAGAAGCCACCCCUCCCUUGGAGGCAGCGGCUUGAGAUCUGCAUUGGUGCUGCUCGCGGGCUCCACUACCUCCACACUGGUGCCAAGCAUACCAUUAUCCACCGAGAUGUGAAGACUACUAACAUUCUGUUAGAUGAGAAAUGGGUUGCAAAGGUUUCAGAUUUUGGGCUUUCAAAGACUGGUCCUACACUUGAUCACACUCACGUUAGCACUGUGGUGAAGGGAAGCUUUGGUUAUCUUGACCCAGAGUAUUUCAGGCGACAGCAACUUACUGAGAAAUCAGAUGUGUACUCUUUUGGGGUUGUAUUGUUUGAGGUUCUCUGUGCUCGCCCAGCUCUGAACCCGACACUUCCGAAGGAACAAGUGAGCUUGGCUGAGUGGGCACUGCACUGCCAGAAGAAGGGCAUUCUCGAUCAGAUCAUUGAUCCCUAUCUCAGGGGCAACAUUGCUCCACAGUGCUUCAAGAAGUUUGCAGAAACGGCAGAGAAGUGUGUGGCUGAUCAGGGAAUCGAGCGACCAUCAAUGGGUGAUGUCCUUUGGAACCUCGAGUUUGCACUCCAGCUACAAGAGGGUGCAGAGGAAAAUGGAAGUCUCAUUGGUGGUGCAAUGUCAGAUGAUGGCACAUCUCUCAUGAUGGUCGGGAAGAAAGACUCGAAUGACCAAUUGGUCGAAUCGAGCACGACCACAACUACAACCACCACAGUGAGCAUUGGAGGGCAGAGCCUUGCAAGUGAGGACUCUGAUGGACUGACACCAAGUGCUGUUUUCUCACAGAUCAUGAACCCUAAAGGGCGGUGAGAUAAAAUCUCGACUUGAGGAUUGCCGCCAUUGUGUAUCUCGACACCAAGAACUAGCUCUCUUAUUAUCCCAACUUUAAUCUCUUUAUUCAGUAAUAUGUGAUGAGUUAUGUUGUAAUUUUAUUAGACCCUAAGAUCUCCUUGAUGCAAUGUGAUAUAUGACUUGUAUUCUUAAGAUUGCUUUGGUUGUUAGUGCGACGAUAGUUAUGGGUUGUUUUGUAAAUUUGUUGCGUCUCUGUUAAGGAGACUAUAAAUAUUUGGUUUGGAUACUCUUUCUUCAUUCCUAUGACUUGAAAUUUCAAACCUGCUGGAAACUGCGGAUUUGAUAA